CGAGAUGCUGUGCAUAUAUCAGACUGAAAUAUUAAUGAACACUGCAUUCAACCUAUCGUAUUUUUGGCGGUAACAACGAGCAUAGUGACUGGUUUAUACAUUAUACUAGAUAAUGUACAGUAUCAGAAGCUUUGAACAGUUCUGUCCCAUGAGGCCUUUUCUGACACGCAACACCGAAAAUGUAUUUAAAACACCCAAUUCAAAGUAGAAUGCAUUAAAUGUAUUUGAUGUGUUGUUAUUGGGGGAUUUAGAAGUGAUACUCGAAUUUGGAGAUAGCUACAUCGCUCGCGGAAACACUGUCUAGUGUCAAUUGAUUGGAAGCAAAGGAAAAGCAUAGGAUAUCGAGUGCUGAUUUUGGAGUGGGCUUAAGAAGCGCUUUGUGUUACUAUAAUAGGAAUUAUUGAUAGCUCAAUAAGAUAUUUUGGAAUAACAUUUAAUUAGAAGAACAGAAAAAAAAUACAAGAAUGCAAAAGAAAAAUAAAGAACUGUGUGGAAAUAUAAUAAACGAAUGAGGCGGAUCUAUGUUGUCGCAAAAUGUGAGAAUAUAUUCCCUACUGUUCCGAAUGAAGAAAAUACAGACAAAUGACUUUUGAAGCAACAUUUCAACUAAAUGUACAAGAUCCAGCUGCUGAAAGCAGUUACAAUCUCAAGAAGGCUCACAAUGAUGCCACUUCAUAGGAAAUGAGCACAUCUUCGUUCAAACCAAGCUGGUAGGAGAUAGAUCCAGGCUCGAUGUUGGCGACUAAAAGAACAUGGACCUAUCUAUUGCAUUUUUUCUAGGAUGGAUACUAGCAUGGCUGUCACUUGAUAUCGUCAAUGGAAAAAAUGGAUAUGAACAACUGUAUCCACACGACUUUUCAGCGGAAGGUAUCCUUAUUAAAAACCUUUUGACUAGUUAUGAGCAGCGUGGCGGUAAAUAUGGCAGACCGGUAACCAAUCAUACCCACGCCGUUCCUGUCUGGUUCAUGCUACAGCUUAUUCAAAUUGUCGACCUAGAUGAGAAAAACCAAGUCCUAAAACUCAACUUGUGGACAAAUUAUAAAUGGAUAGACGAAUUUUUACGAUGGGAUCCAGACGAUUAUCAGGGCGUCACAGAAAUCCGUAUUCCAUCCAGUAAAAUAUGGACACCAGAUAUUAAACUUUACAAUUAUGCCGAUACACGUUUGCAAGAGAGAAGAGACGCGCUCUGUAUCGUGGGUCACGACGGUAAUAUCACCUGGAUUCCGCAGGGAAUUUACAUGAGCACGUGCGAUAUCGACGUCACAACAUUCCCUUUUGAUAAACAAAAUUGUUCUCUUAAGUUUGGAUCAUGGGCAUACCAUGGCGGCAAACUUCACCUUGAAUUCUUGGAGGAUAAAGAAAGAAUGCUUUUAGACGAUUAUUUUGUUCCCAACAAAGCAUGGAUUGUGAUUGAAGCGCCGGGCAAAAGAAAUGUUUUAAGUUACGCGUGUUGUCCUGAAAGAUAUCAUGAUCUUACGUAUACUUUGAUAUUUAGGCGAUCAGCCACAAACUACGUGUACAUCUUAAUACUUCCAUGUGUUUUGUUAACAACAUUGACACUUGUAUUGUACUGGAUACCGCCAGAGUCGCCAACCAAAAUGAGUUUGGGUAUGAGUAUAUACAUGGCGUUCUUCGUACUGCUACUCAUGUUUGAAGCCAAUAUGCCUCCAGCAUCGGACGGUGUUCCAAUACUAGGUACUUACUAUUGCCUGAAUAUGAUAUUGAUUACCUGUUCAACAUUCCUUAAUGUUUUUGUUGUAAAUCUCUCAUAUUAUGGAGCAAGAUCGCCGGUACCAAAGCUGCUUCGUACCGUGAUGUUCAGGUUCUUUGCACGAGCGAUGUGUAUGGACAAUCUUGUACGACCGUUCUUAGAGGCGGAUAAGAAACGGUUAAUACCUCCGGCCAUACCUGGAAUGGGAAUGGGGUUGGCAAAUGGGGACAGCAAGUUUCCCAGAUGUUGGAGAAGCUCUUGUGAAGUGUUAAGUUUAAAAAAGGACCAGAUAGAACCUAAUCAACAGCUGGUCGAAAUCGACGUAAAACUGACAGAGAUAAGAGAGUUUUUGAGUGUUUACAGGGAUAGACUGGAUGCCAAGGACAAAAAUGAAAAGAUAGCAAAGGAGUGGAAAGCAUUGGGUUUAAUUUUUGACCGAUUCUUUUUCUGGAUUUACCUGAUGACGAUACUGGUUUCGUUGACAGUGGUGAUGUCAUUUAUUUUCAUGAGUAAUUAAAUGAUUAUCACAAAAUUGAAUAUAUUCCGCACGUGUUUGGAUUUACUUUAACAUGGAAUGCACAUUACUAUUUAUGGAAACUAUAAUAUUAAAACACUUCAAUUCUUUACACGAUAGCAAUGAAGCAUGCGCAAACAUUCUGGCAACAACAAAUGCAAUUUUGAGGACCAUGUGUGUUUCCUUUUUCCGGUCGCACCGUUUAGAAGUCCCAAAUCAUGUAAACAGUAAAACUGUUAUCACUUUUGGCAGUCAUUGAUAAAUACAUUGUUAAAUCUUACGAGAAUAUGUUACUUUAGCACAUGCAUUAUGUCGGAUUAAUGACACAUUUACAUGAGACUCUUGCAUAACAUAUUAGUGCAGUGUGAAAGACACAGCUUACUUUGUGGGGUAUAUAUAUUACCCGUUAAGUACCAUUUCAUAUUAUUUCAUAUUAACUGGAGUUCUUAUCAAAUCAGUUUUGUAAACAUCAUGAGGUAAAAGUGAUCCAUAAUAACACAACGAUAAAUAUCAGAAGGGAAAUCAUUGUAACCGCGUUGAAAUGAUUGCGUUACAAAGAUUGAUUUCAAUUCAUUUUGAGCCGUUUCGGGGAGAGCAGUAAAACAAGAUUUUUGGUGUACAGGUUUAGAAUUUGAUUUGUGUACUAAGAAUACCUAUUUGAUGUGUUUAAUAUUUCCGUUUGAAUAAAACAUGCUUUAUUCACUACUUCAAAUAAGAUACAAUCACAUUAAUCAAAGACUGACUGCAUAUUUUUCGUCCGGAUUUCAAUAUUUUGUUUGAGAUAGGAUAUUUUGCAGUUUUGCUUAUAGAUGAAAGUUUAUAAAUUCAUAGAAAUGAAACUUUAAUUGUUCCGUGUGCUUAUGCACAAUUACAUUUGAUCACUUUUUUGUCGCACUUCUACAUCAUAUUCUGUUAACAUUGUGCAUACCGGAAAGUAACCUCAAGCUAUACACAUAAAAGGUAAAUUGAAAAUGAAAAAGGUGUAUAAAAUAUGUCAUGAAAUGUUUAAAAAAAUCAUUUCGGAAGUACUUUCUUUUCUUCGCACUUUGCAUAUUUACAUUUAUUCAUAUUAUGUUCUAGCAUUUUAAGGAUGUAAAUAUGUAGAUUAUUGUACUAAGUGCACGAGUAAAUGGUAAUAUAUUCAUACAAAUUUAUGUUAAAAUGUUGAAACAUGUGUUAAUUGAUGAUGUUGCUAUGUUUUGUGUGUAAAUGGCUUAGAUGGUUUUGAGGUAUUCUAUUGUGCAUAUUCAUGUUAUUUUGUACAACAUCACUACCGUUCUUUCUUUCAGGGAUUGUAGCGUUCUCUUUUCUUCCUGUGAAAGUGUCUUAUUCCCUUUUUUAAAGUGCUGUCCUAUUCUUGUAAGACUUUUUCUAUAUUUGAAUACGUCUGCUACUUACUGUUAUAUAGACAGACUGGUAAUUAAAUAGAUGUGGCCAGACCCUGAACGUUUUAUUCUUUCAGUUCAACGCUGUUCUGUUAUAUUUAUAGUAUAUAGAUAUAUAGUAAUGCACAUACUAUUUUGCGGCUUGUUUAUACAGAAAGUUAACACAUAGUUUUGAUAAUGUAAUGAUAGUUUUCUUUUCUCUGAAAUUUUCUUAACUUCUUGCCGACAAAUUUCAAAUUAAUGCAGGAGAUACGCUGAAAACCUUAUUAGCUAGAAUUCUUGCCAGGACAGUGCAAUAUAUAUGUUGUUAUGUUGUAAAUAGCCAUAUAAAUCUAUAAUUGAGAUUAAUUUACAAAAGAUAAUUAUAUCAUUGCAAGUCCAUAUGAUAAACUGGAGUGAAAAAAGAUUCUUGCCGAAACAACAAAAUGUGCAAUUUUUACAGACUUUUGCAACCAAAUUUGCCUUAGCGUAUGAUUUAGGAAGUCGGUGCGACAACAUGUGCACUAAAACAUUCGAUAACAUAGUGUAGAGUAAAUCACAUUACAGCAAUACCAACUUCAAUGUAGUGACCGUGUUAAUUUUCAUUUGAUUUAAAUGCUGUAUGCUUCGAUCGGUAACAUCAAGUGUUAAAAUUAUGCAGUGUUUCAAUGGUGCCCAAAAUUUAAAGAUAAGGAAAAAGACGAUUACCUUACCCUGCUGAAUUUCUAUAAUGGACUGGUCCGUCAUACAAUUCGGGCAGAACCAUUUGUUAUUUUUUGAAGUGGUGUUUACUGAAAAUUUACUGACUGAAUAGCGAACAGUGCAGACCAUGAUCAGACUGAACGGAUGUGUAGGCUGAUCUUGGUCUGCACUGGUCGCAAAGGUAUAAUUUCAUGCCGUCAGCAGGCUAAAUGUUAAGCCUGAAUUAAGCGAAGUAGUUGCUAAUACUUGUACUUUCUUUCAAUGCCACAUAGUCUUGAUUUAAUAAUUUCAGUACUUGUACCGUAUUGAUGUUUUGUAUGUAUGUCUCUUAUUUAUGUUUUGCAUUUAUGUUUUGCAUUUAUGUUGCGUAUUUAUGUCGCGUAUUUAUGUUUUGCAUUUAUGUCUUGCAUUUAUGUCGCGUAUUUAUGUCGCGUAUUUAUGUCUUGUAUUUAUGGCUCGUAUUUGUAUUCUGCAUUUUUGUCCUGUAUCUACUUAUUUUGAUCUACUCAGUAGUACUGCAAAAGGCGUCAAGUAGUUCAGAAGCGCUCAAUAUGAAUAAUUGUAUAUAACUGUGACAGUAACGACUGAGAUCUUGUUAUAGAUUUUAUUACACGUGUUUUCUAUAUGAUUGAAACACUGCCUUUUAUGGAAAUGAUAUAACUUUGACUUCCGUCAUAAUUAAGGAUAUGAUUUGACUUCAAAGAAGAAAAGGGGGCAAUUUUCUUAUCAAACAUGUUCCCUCUAAUGUCUAUAAAUACUGAUACUGUGUAGGCAAUUGUCGCAUUGACUUUCGUUCAGUUAACUUUCCACAUAAAACAAAGUCUGUACUUUGGUAUGUAAAUGGUUAGAUAAAUAAGAAGGUAUGGUAUACCCUAAAAGUUUGGUUUAUUAAUAUUAUGGCCUUUACUUUGUCAGAUUUGUUGGAAAUUGUCUUUAUUUGAUUAUACUUUUAAAAUGUAAAACAUGCUUUUGCAAAACAAGAACUUGUAUGGGCGAACAUUUUGAAACGUGGGGGCAUUUUAUAAUUAUAAAGUCUAUGUUCUGGUUAACAUUGGUAAAUUAGAGCUUUAUGAUAAAACAUUUUGAAAGUUUGUUUUACAAGCCAUUCGAAUUUUACAAUACAACAACUAAACUUUGUCAAUGUUUACAACAAAUCGUGAGCUCUUGUGCAUAAUUACUUCACAAUUAUAAAAAAAAAUAUGAAAUAUGAAAUGUAAAGUAUAUUAAUAACCAUAUAAUUACAUUUUUGUCCGAUUUAUUGGCCCUUAACAAUUGUAAAAAUGUAGUAUGAACAAUCUUUAUAGUAUGAUAAUGAAAGCUAAACUUAUGUUUACAGCUUCCCAAGCCAGUACCCUUGUCCUGACUGAGCUCAUGUGGCUUCAGUCUAGCCUUUUCUUUAUUUGAAGCAAAACUAAUAUGAUCUUUGUAAACUGCUAUAGGUAUUUAAUUGUACAUAUCAUGCUGUCUUACUAUCAUAAAAAUCCCAUGUAAAUCAUUCAUACAUUGAUGUGCUCCUGUGUUACCUUCUUAUUAGCUGUCUUGUGUCCAUUGGUAAAACAUCACGUGGCUUCACCCACUCCAGUAUUAAUUAAUAACAACUUUCCAGCUAAUUUGAAUUUUUAGUUUACAUAAACACUGUGUUUUAUAAGUUUCACAAACUUUUUGUCGUAAAGGAUGACAUCAGGCAAUGUCACGUGGUGUUUUAAAAGAUGUAAACAUGUCGUUUGAUUUGUAUUUUGCUAUGACAUAAAUAUAAAUGCAUGUAUUUUGUAAACAUUUACUGUAUCUUCUAGAUUUCUUCUCAAAGAAGUCUUCUCUGUGGUGUAGAAUUAUAUAGACCCCCUAUGUUGCGUCCGAAAUGUAACAUUUGACGUCAUUGCCUAAACUUGUGACGUCCGUAUUUUCAUAGAGUUUGCACAGACAUGUCAAAAUAAUGUUGAAAUUUGUCAAUAAGUUGAAUCCCUACGUUAAAGUGUCAAUACAUAUCAGUUGUAUAGUAACUACUUGGUAAAUGUUUGCAUUUCACGUACAAUAACUAGUUUCCUUGAUUUUAUCCAUUAUUGAUACUGGAAAUUGAUACAAAAAAUAAAAUUUCGGUUAUUCGUAAUUGUAAAGAAUAUUGGCAACAUCUAGAUAGCGGGACCUCUGCCUGUACAAACUCUAGUGGAAAUAUUCUUUAUGUGAUCUCAUUAAAUAAAAGCAUUUCUUACCUUUACAUUUCUAUGUCUUCAGAUAUGUGAUGGUUUAUACUCUUAGUCUAUUUCUUUAAUCUUUCAUGAAGCCCCAUGUGCCUGUCUUCAGUGUAUGGUAUCUGUUUUGCUUUAGCCAUCAACAUUGUCAUUUCAUUUUAAAAAUGCUUCUCAUUUCUUUCAUUUGUUCUGGUGACUCGCAUGAAUAAAGCGUCAUUCAGACGUCUAAUAGUAACAGUAAAUGGCUUGCUGUUCCAUGCAAUCUGGUACCCUGCAAAGGUAUCAAAGUAUUCAUGGCAGGGCAGGUAAUCUAGGCUAUAUAGCCUAAUGCAUAUGAGAAUUUUGUGUGCGUGUGGAAAUGUGCUGAAAUUAGUUUUCGGAAGUGAAAAACAGCUACAGUUAUAUAUCAGCCACAUUUUAUACAUCGCGCAGUUUUCACUAAUGAGUUUCGGAGUAAUUUUACUCUUUCUUUAAAAUAUUUUGGUGCCAUAUCUGUUAUAUUAUAUAUAUUAUUUCAAGACAAAUUAAUUUACUUUUACUCAUCAUGUAUAUGUAUAAUGUAUUAUUAUGUGUUCAGAAGCAAUAAAAUAUGACAAACUGCAGUUGGAACUCUGUAUUUCGAAUUCCAAGGGAUAGAGCGCUUCACUUCAAUAUGAUCGAAAUUUAAAAUGAUAUUUUCUGCACGUGUUUUUCGGGACGGGGCCUGAAAAUAUCUUUGAGAUAGUCGGGAGUUUGAGAUAAGGGAAUUUGAGAUAUCGAGUUUCCACUUGAUUUGAAUUUAUGUCCCAUAACUUGCGAUUGGUAUCACUUGAUGUCCAGUUGCAUUGCAAGUCCCACAUUAUGUAACUUUGUAAACUACUUUUUAUCUCUGUGACAAGGGCUCUUCUUAUGAAUAUUGUUUAAACAAAAUAAAUUUUUUACCUUAAGAUACAGAGUCUGUUUUUUUUUUUAAAAUCAGCACGUCUGACUUAAAUGUUUAUUUCUACAAAUAUUUUAGAAGUUUAUGAAUUACAGACAAAUCUUCAUCACAAACAUUAGGAAGACUUGCAAAGACAUAUGUAUUAUUUGUGUAUGUCCAAUUCUUAUGAAAUCCACCAUCAUGGUAAUUUAUACUCUGCAGACUGAAGUGAAUGAUACGCUGUUUCUAACAAUACCUACAAAAAUAUAUAGUAGAGAAGCUACGUCAUUCAUUUUAUACGAGUUAGAAUGUACCAUUCAAACGGGACAAUCUCUGUUGUUAAACUAUGCACAAUAUGUAUUGUUGAAAUAUAGGUAUAUUUACUUAUUUUAUAGACUAGUAGACGAAGUAGAUAAUUGAUUUCUAGUUAUAUAAAUAUUUUCGUAAGCCUUCAUAUAGUUUAUAUUCAAUUACUUACAGAAGUUACAUUACUGUAUGUUUUGUUUGGAGAUUUCCACACGCUUAUAAAUAAAAUGUGUUUUAACUAAAAUCCAGUUAAGAAUAAAACUGUAAUUGGCAACCAGACAUAGUGAAAAAACAAAUUAUUGCGUAUAUGUAUUUUUGAAUCAGGAUAAUAUAUGUGCUUGGUUGUAUUAGGAAAGAACUGUAUAUAUGUUACUAUUUUUAGAGGAAGAGUCUUCCAGGCAAGCUCAUCACGCAUGCGUACAGCUCUGUAAUAAUAUGUCAUGUUACUCAUUUCAUCACAGCAUAAUUUCAUUUUCUGUACAUGAUGACACUAUCGUUAAUAAAUCCAUGUAACUGUA